AUGGGCAGGGAUACCUCACGCUAUACCGAUGCCUUUGAGAUAAUGGCUGAAAAUUAUGAGUUCAAAGAAAAUGAAAUAUUCUGUCUGGAAUUUCUGAGGGCAGCUUCUGUGCUGAAAUUUCUUCCAUUUCCAGUAACCAGAAUGAAAGAUAUACAAGGGUUACCCUGCAUGGGAGACAGAGUCAGAGAUGUCAUCGAGGAAAUUAUUGAAGAAGGAGAGAGUUCUAGAGCUAAAGAAGUGUUAAAUGAUGAACGAUACCAGUCAUUUAAGCAGUUUACUUCAGUCUUUGGAGUGGGAGUGAAGACAUCUGAGAAAUGGUACAGAAUGGGUUUACGAACUCUGGAAGAUGUAAAAGCUGACAAGACCCUGAAGCUGUCAAAAAUGCAGAAAGCGGGGUUUCUCUACUAUGAGGACCUUGUUAGCUGUGUAUCUAAGGCAGAAGCAGAUGCAGUAAGCUUGAUUGUCAAGAAUACUGUGUGUAUGUUUCUACCAGAUGCUCUAGUCACCAUAACUGGUGGUUUCAGGAGGGGUAAGAAGACUGGACAUGAUAUAGAUUUUUUGAUCACCAAUCCUGGACCAAAGGAAGAUGAUGAACUUCUGCAUAAAGUUGUUGACUUAUGGAAAAAGCAGGACUUACUCCUGUAUUAUGAUAUCACUGAAUCAACAUUUCUAAAGGAACAGAUACCAAGCAGAAAAGUUGAUGCCAUGGAUAAUUUUCAGAAAUGUUUUGCAAUUUUAAAAUUGUAUCAGCCAAGAGUAGACAACAGCAGUUACAACAUGUCAAAACAAAUUGAUAUGGCAGAAGCCAAAGACUGGAAGGCAAUCCGUGUGGAUCUGGUCAUAACCCCUUUUGAGCAGUAUGCGUAUGCUCUCUUAGGCUGGACAGGCUCCAGGCAAUUUGGACGUGAUUUGCGGAGGUAUGCUACUCAUGAAAAGAAGAUGAUAUUGGACAACCAUGCCUUAUAUGACAGGAAAAAGAGGAUCUUUCUCAAAGCUAGAAGUGAGGAAGAAAUAUUUGCACAUCUUGGUUUGGAUUAUGUUGAGCCAUGGGAAAGGAAUGCUUAA